CGCUGCUGGGCUUGGCUCGCCCCGCGGCAGACCCCAGCCGUGCCCCAGAGCAGGCUCCCCACGCUUUUAUCCCUCCCUCGGGGCAGCGAGGGGAGCCCCCAGCACCGUGCCAGGUGGGGAAGGCACAGUGCAGGGGAGACAGCGAGCACCGUGCAUCCCAGCAGCGUGGUGCCUGCCACGUUGGACCUGCUGUCUGUCAGCCGUGGUGGCACGGGGCCCGCUUCUGAGCACCUCGGCACGGCCCGGCGUGGAGAAGGUGCCUCGACGGGCUGGCAUCUGGGGAGCUGGCACGCUCCUUGGUGCCCAGCCUGCUCACGGGUGAGGAAGCAGCAACUUUAUAUGGCUCAUGUCUGACAACAUGCACCACCAGUGGCUGCUGCUAGCUGCAUGCUUUUGGGUGAUAUUCAUGUUCAUGGUUGCUAGCAAGUUUAUCACAUUGACUUUUAAAGACCCAGAUGGCUAUGGUGCCAAGCAAGAGCCAUUAAUACUGACAGCUGUGACAAAAGUGGAGGAGGCACACAAGCCAGAGGAAGAACGUUGGCCUGAAGAAUUCCAGCCAACUGGAAAAGCUUUUACUGGAAAUCUGAUACGCCAACCCCUGGUUCAUAUGGAAAGGCUUGAGCUUCUCCGGAAUGUCUGCAGAGACGCUGCAUUGAGAAAUCUCUCUCACACUGCAGUUUCCAAAUUCGUCUUGGACCGAAUAUUUGUGUGUGACAAGCACAAGAUCCUGUUUUGUCAGACACCGAAAGUGGGCAACACUCAGUGGAAAAAAGUCUUGAUCGUUUUAAAUGGAGCAUAUUCUUCCAUAGAAGACAUCCCAGAAAAUAUUGUACACGAUCAUGAGAAGAAUGGCCUUCCACGCUUGUCCUCCUUCAGUGACUCUGAAAUUAAAAAACGACUGAAUUUAUACUUCAAGUUUUUUAUCGUUAGAGAUCCAUUUGAAAGACUUAUCUCUGCAUUUAAAGACAAAUUUGUGCACAAUCCUCGUUUUGAACCUUGGUACCGGCAUGAAAUUGCUCCUGGCAUCAUUCGUAAGUACAGAAAGAAUCGCACAGAGACCAAAGGGCUGCAGUUCGAGGAUUUUGUGCGCUAUCUGGGCGACCCUAAUCACCGCUGGCUGGACGUUCAGUUUGGCGAUCACAUCAUUCACUGGGUAACAUACGUGGAACUUUGUGCCCCCUGUGAGAUUACGUACAGUGUGAUUGGACACCAUGAAACCUUGGAGGACGAUGCUCCAUACAUCUUGAAAGCAGCUGGCAUAGACCAUCUGGUGUCGUACCCCACGAUCCCACCAGGCAUCACAGUGUACAACAGAACAAAAGUAGAGCGGUAUUUUUCAGGAAUUAGCAAGAGGGACAUAAGACGCCUCUAUGCUCGCUUUGAAGGUGAUUUUAAACUCUUUGGUUAUCGGGAGCCAGAUUUCUUGCUUAACUGACACCUGGGAUAAGCUCCGGAGAAGCAUCUAAUGGAUUAAUCUAAACCUGGGUGAAUACCAGCUGCAACACUGACAGAGCUGAGAAUGACCAUUUUGUUUUCUAGCUUUUUGAUGUUGCUCCAUUUUUCAGUGAGAUAUUUGUCAUAUGAACAAUUCGGGGCUUAUAGUUGUUGUUUACUGACCGUAUUUUCAAUAUGUGACAUUGCAAUCUGUUAGGAAUGAAGUCUGUUAUCUAAAAUACAGAAUUCUACUUCUUCCCUCUUUUCCUCCAGAAAAAAAAAAGAGGAAGAUUGAAUGGGUUAUGAUCUUCCCCCUCCCUCUACCAGAGAGAAUGCAAUUUAAAAAAUGUUGCGAAGUAUUUAUAAAGAUGGCAAUUUCACUGUAGGUUAGCUCUGACAUGUGGGUGAACUUGAUGAUUCAUGCUCAUGAGAAAGGCAUGUAGUCCCAUGAGCUAUGAAAAUUAAAGGCCAGUACAGGACUAAAAAUUGAUUGAAUGCUUUACAAGUAAAAUCAUCUAGGUUCUGUCAUGUGGCUGCUAUAAUAAUAGUAAUGCUGAUCCAAUCCCAUUUUUGUUUGUCACAAAAUGAACCUGAUUUGACUGAAGCUUCAGAACUGUUCAAAAAGGGGCUGGUUGCAUAGCCAGUUGUCUUUGUAUUUUUGUCAAGUGUUUACUGUACUUACUACUGGUCUGAUGAGUCUCAUAAUUCUACUUUUGAUUUUCAAAGUACUGUUUAAAUCCCAGCUGUGUAAAUUAUCUGAGAACACCAGAUGCAAGUGGAACAUAGAAGAAAUACAAAACUGUUAGGGAAACUUUAGGGAAAAUUAAUUUAAAAUAAAGAAUUAAUUUUAUUUGUGGGAGUACAUUUAGAAAUCGAAGACGAUUUCUAAACAUCACACGCUUUAACUUAUUUUGUCUUCUAACAGUUAAGAUUAAUAAGGAAGCCACAAAAGCAGGAUACCCUGUAGAAGAGCUGCUAGAGUUACUUGGAUUAAUGAUCUACCUUUUUCUCAUAUCCUGCCUUGCUCAGUGUUCAGUACCUUAGAGAACAGAAAAUUUCUUUCUGAAAACUCAUCUCCCUACUGCUGAAGGAGGCAGGAUUUGAAUCCUUGUUUUUUUCCAAUGAUUCACUGUCGUGGUGACCUGGGUUAAAAAUGCCCACCAUUUGUGUUACCGAUAGGUGCGGUGGCAACUUGCCAGGAGUUUGAGUGUCACUGAAAUUUCUGUACACAUUUUAUACA